GAUGGGUUUUCCUAGACUGGUGACAGACGGACCGAGAUGCAGAGUAAAGGUAUGAGAAACAAAGUGCUUGACGGCGAUUUCGGUGGGCAUAAACGCUGCGUCCAUGGCUGAGCGAGGGAGCUUCAAGCUGUACUCGUACGGCCUCCAAGGUGCAUGUUUGAAGCUCUCCCAGGGCUGAUGCCGCUGCCGCUGCGGUUGCCGUCAUCCAAUCGAGGAACAGCCGAGAAAUACCCAGCUGGACCCCGGAUGAUCAUCACUUCCCGCCCUUGAGCUCCCUCUCCCUCGUCUGCACUCCUGCGUGCGACGAAAACACUACAAAUUACUACCACCAGCAGCUGGGAAGGAAAUGUCUCCAUGGCAGACUUAUACCCCUCCAUAACCCAAUGCGCGGUUGUAGCCACCGCUUUCAAAGUGCUACUCUUCCCUGCUUAGUACGUUCCGCAUUCCAAGCUUUGAAUAACAACUAACCUUCCCCAGUAAAUCCACCGAUUUCGAGGUUCACAGAAAUUGGCUGGCCAUCACAAACAGCUUGCCGGUACAAGAAUGGUACUAUGAAAAAACCUCGGAAUGGACUCUCGACUAUCCUCCCUUCUUCGCCGGCUUUGAAUGGAUCCUGUCACAAUUCGCAAAGUUCGUGGAUCCGGAAAUGUUGAAGGUGUCCAAUUUGGGUCAUGAUAGUUGGCAGACGGUAUACUUUCAGCGAGCAAGUGUUAUAGCUACCGAGUUGGUGUUGGUCUAUGCGCUUUCUUUGUAAGUGCAAAUCUGGAUCAGGACCAGUUGAUGUGGGUAACAUAUGGACUCUGGCUGAUAUAUACACUUAAGUUUUGUGAAAUCCGCCCCGCUGGCAUUGAAACGCCCAUCUCAUGCUGCUGCUCUAUCUCUCCUUCUCUCGCCCGGACUUUUGAUAAUCGAUCAUAUCCAUUUCCAAUAUAAUGGUUUUAUGUAUGGACUUUUGAUUUUGUCUUUGGUAUUAGCAAGGAAGGAGUCCACUACCCUUGCAAGUGGAUUUUUGUUUGCCAUUCUACUGUGCUUGAAGCACAUUUACCUCUACCUUGCACCUGCGUACUUCGUCUUUUUACUACGAGCAUACUGCUUGGGUCCCAAAUCAAUUUUCCACAUUCGAUUUGGUAAUGCGAUUAAGCUCGGUACAGGGAUUAUUACCAUCUUUGGAGCUGCAUUUGGUCCAUUUGCAUAUUGGGGUCAAAUACCCCAAUUAAUGAGUAGACUGUUUCCAUUUUCUCGAGGACUCUGUCAUGCAUACUGGGCACCUAACAUUUGGGCGAUUUACUCAUUCACCGACCGAGUCUUGAUCUAUGGUGAGUAAAGAUUGAUGUUUUCAUCCCACAAAACUAAACAGAUACUAGUUGCCCCACGACUCGGUCUUGCCGUCAAUCAAGAAGCAGUAAACAGUGUAACUCGAGGUCUAGUAGGCGACACCUCCUUUGCCGUCCUCCCGGAAAUAACAGCAACAAUGACCUUCGCCCUAACCCUCCUCUUCCAAGUCAUCCCGCUGAUCAAGCUUUUCCUAAAUCCAACAUGGGAUACCUUCAUCGGCGCCGUAACCCUCUGCGGCUACGCCUCCUUCCUCUUCGGCUGGCACGUCCACGAAAAAGCCAUCCUCCUCGUCAUCAUCCCAUUCAGUCUCAUCGCUCUCAAAGACCGUCGAUACCUAGGUGCCUUCCGACCCCUCGCCGUCGCCGGACACGUCUCACUCUUCCCAUUACUCUUCACCGCAUCCGAGUUCCCGGUCAAAACUGUCUACACCAUCUUCUGGCUCGUCCUCUUCCUCCUCGCCUUCGAUCGACUCGCCCCGGCCAGUCACCGCUCGAGGAUCUUCCUCUUUGAUCGCUUUAGUUUGCUCUAUAUCACCGUCAGCAUCCCGUUGAUUUUGUAUUGUAGUCUUCUGCAUCGUGUGGUUUGGGGGGAGAUGUAUGAGUUUUUGCCGUUGAUGUUUACGAGUUCGUAUGCGGCGGUGGGGGUGGUGGGGAGUUGGGUGGGGUUUUUGGUGGUUUAUUUUACGAGUUAG